AUGCCUCUCGCAGUCCAUGACACGCUGAACACACAGCAGCGUCAGGUAUACGAGACGAUCAUGCGCCACUUCAAGGCGAAGAACGAGAACCGUCGGCCUCCGCCCCUCCGGUUGCAGAUCGAUGGAGGAGGUGGGACUGGCAAGUCGUAUAUGGUGGUGUAUGGCCGGCCCUCCCCCAUCGUCAGAGCAGCUCCGACGGGCGUGGCGAGCAACCAGAUCGGGGGACAGACUCUGCAUUCCCUUCUGCGGCUCCCCGUCGACGGCGAUUACCGCUCGCUCUCCGAGACCCCGACGACCCUCAACGCCUUGCAGCGGCGGUUCAGGGGCAUCCACUACCUCGUGGGCCCGGAACCCCGGCCGGGACCGCAACACAUGCUCGGCCUCAAGACCCUCGCGUGGAUCGACCAGCGCCUACGAGAGGUGUUCCCGGAGAAUCGCGACGAGUUCUUCGGCGGCCCCAGCGUCAUCCUGAUCGGGGACUUCUUCCAGCUUCCCCCUCGGCAGCAGGGCGAAGACCAGGCUCCUUUUCGGCGGGCCUUAGAAGAACUGCGAAAGGCUGAUGUGUCGGUACCCUCCUGGGAGCUGCUUGCUUCGAGGUGUUCUAUCAAGCUCUCUCCCGAGGAGGUUGACAGCUUUGCUGAUGCGCUUCGCAUCCAUCCCACCAAGGCCCAGGUCGUCGAGUACAAUCAUCAACACAUGCUUGGCCUGGACAGCCCCGCCAUUCAGGUCGAAGCAAAGCAUGAGGGUGUUGAAGGUGCCGACGUGCUGCGAGACCCGCCCGAGGUCAUCAUGGUGGCCUUCGAUGACUACGACGGCCCGGCCUUCACGAUGCCGAACGGGGAGCCGCUCCGUAGUGGAGAGAAGCUGGUUGUUCCCAUCCUCCGAGUGCGGCAGGAAUUCAUGAUCGGCGCCAACUCAUGUUCGAGAGAGCAGUUCCCGCUGCUGGUCAGCUAUGCGAUCACCGUCCACAAGUCACAGGGCAUCACCCUGGACAAAGUCGUCUGCGAUAUCUCUGCGCCAGAGUUUGCUUCUGGCCUCUCCUACGUGGCCGUCUCGCGGGUGAAGACACUCGGCGGGCUGAUGUUUGAGCGGCCCUUCGACCGCAGCAGGAUCUACCGCGAGACACCAUCACGAGCCAUGGGUUUGAAGUUAUUGGAUCACGCUACUAGGCGACUGCAGGCGUUAGAUGCUGUGGCGGGGGUGGAUCCUUCAGAGGAGUUAAGUGGGUUUAUAAGUAGCGACGAAAAGAGUGUAGAGGCAUGA